AUGCCGACGAGCAGUACAUCCACAGAUCCGACCUUCAUGCUCUGCGGCCUCAUGAUGCAGACCGCGCUGCAGAUUGGUCUGCAUCGGCCGAGUCAUUCCCAAGACUUCUCCAAGUUCCGCGUAGAAUUGCGCGAGGUCGAGCUACAAGAUCGCGUAGUGGUCUGGAGUGUGUGCAACAUUGUCGCUCAGCGAAUCUGUACUGCGUAUGGCCAGCCUCCAUUGACCAUCUAUGACUGGACUUUGGGUCCUAAGCCCAUCGAGAACAACCCAAACUACGAGCUUCCGUCACCUGUGCUCAAUAGACUACUGAUUGAGAAGUUUGUUGACAAGGUCUCAAGAUAUCUGUACAUGAACAGCAACGACCCGGUCGGGCUGGCGCCAGACAGCGAUCGACAUACCUACGUCUCUUUACUGACUGAUCAGCUCACUCAUCUGGAAGACGAGCUGCGCAAGGACAGCAGUCCCAUCACCAGGAUCUACCUUCGAGCAGCCGUCCUGCACAUGCACCUCAGCGCCUUCUUCUCGCCGCCGAGCCUGCCAUCAUACCGGGCCGAUCUGCUCAAGCUGUACAAUGCAACGACGGAAUUCCUGGAUGCUUGCUUGAGCUUGGAGAACGAAAGCACCGUCAGCCUACCGUCCAGUUACACACAUGGACUGUCUUUGACUUAUGGGACCAACUACAUCUUCCACAUGAUGCUUGCAGCAGGCUUUUCACUGCUCAAGCUGAUGCACAACUUCCUCACAAUAAUAUGGCGAGUCUCUGUCGACGACAGCCUGCAGCUGAGGGUCAAGUGUCGCAUGUCUAUGUCGUUGGUCUUUGACUCUGUCUGGAGGUGGCGCAAGAACUUCCACUUCCAAGGUGGCAGGCCAUCAGAAGUUCGCAAGACAGACCCAGUUCUGGCGGCUGAGACUCGACCAGCAUCGCGCACAGGCAUGAUAGAGGACAAGAGAAAUACUCCAGGCCUCAGUGCUCUCGACGGACCGACAUUGACGGUGCCCGGCAUGGCUGGUAUGUCAACCGGAAUGCUGGAUGAUUUCAGCAUGGACUAUGGCUCGGCAGCCAAUUAUGAAGUGUUUGAUCCGCUGAAUUGGAUGCUUGAUGGCAUAGUCGACUUCCCAUACAACUUCGCCGGCAGCAAUGGAUCAGAUACUCUGUAG